CAGCUCCUUCAUAGUUCGGCCCAGACACUGUGUAUGCUUAGCCGCUACUGCCGCCAGUUGCUGCACGUCCCGAACCUUAGCUGCCCGCUGUCGACUCGCCGGCCGCUUCUCUGCCCUCACCACCUUAUGAAGCCGCUGGUCGUGUUCGUCCUUGGCGGGCCAGGCGCUGGCAAGGGGACCCAGUGCACCCGCAUCGUCGAGAAAUAUGGCUACACACACCUUUCUGCAGGAGAACUUCUUCGUGAUGAAAGAAAGAACCCAGAUUCACAGUAUGGUGAACUCAUUGAAAAGUACAUUAAAGAAGGAAAGAUUGUGCCAGUUGAGAUUACCAUCAGCUUAUUAAAGAGGGAAAUGGAUCAGACAAUGGCUGCCAAUGCCCAGAAGAAUAAAUUCUUGAUUGAUGGGUUUCCAAGAAAUGAAGACAACCUUCAAGGUUGGAACAAGACCAUGGAUGGGAAAGCAGAUGUAUCUUUUGUCCUGUUUUUUGACUGUAAUAAUGAGAUCUGUAUCGACCGAUGUCUUGAGAGGGGAAAGAGUAGUGGUAGGACUGAUGACAACAGAGAAAGCUUGGAAAAGAGAAUUCAGACCUAUCUUCAGUCUACAAAGCCAAUUAUUGACUUAUAUGAAGAAAUGGGGAAAGUCAGGAAAAUAGAUGCUUCUAAAUCUGUUGAUGAAGUUUUUGAUGAAGUUGUGAAGAUUUUUAACAAAGAAGGCUAACUCUACACCUGAAGGCAUCCUUGAAAUCAUGCUUGAAUAUUGCUUUGAUAGCUGCUAUCACAACCCCUUUUUAUGGCAAUUUUGAUCUUUCAUAAUUAUAUCUCAGUUAAUGGCUGGAACGUAUCUAGUAAGACAAAUUAAAUGUUUUAUCUUUUUUUUUUUUUUUUUCGUUUUAUUUUUGUUUUUUCAUCACAGGAGUAAACAGUGAAUUCAAGCUCAACCUUAUCUUAAUUAUGGUGCUCACUAUACAAAGAAGGGUAUCAGCUAAUUUUUGUUUUUAUUCAAAAAGAAUAUCCCUUUAAUAAUCUGUGCCUUCUGUGAGCUAAACUUUUUAGUAUGUGUGUACAUCCCCUUAGUAGUUACAAUACAUAGGGAUCCCCAGUUCCUCUUUAUCUUGCAGGUUUUAAAUUUCCAACCUGUUAAGUGAAUUUGUGGACCAAAUUUCAAAGUAAUUUUUUGUGUAGUCACUUCUUGCAAAAUGUUUUUGGUAAACAAACUCAUAAAAUGACUUCCUAGAAGUGUUUUAGUAUUUACCAGAUAACUGACCAUUUCCUAUAGAAAAAUAAGAAAACUUGGGCUUUGUUUUACUACAACUUGUACAAAGUUGUGUGGCGGCAUAUUCUUUACUUCCAGGGUUUGGGUUGGGGGCACUGGGGUUCAGAGCCUGGCAGAAUGUCAACUUUAUUCUGACAUAAACCUGAGGAUAAGGGGUGAGGAUCGCAUCUAAUGGCAGGGUUCCUUAUGCUCUAUUAUAUAGUGUUACUAAUGAUUAAACUGAUUUUAACAAAUUCCUGGCAGUGGAACACUGAAAUGCAUGUGCUGGACUUAUGAUUAAUGAUUCAGUUAGAGCUUAGUAGCACUUCAAAGACGUUUUUGUUUGUUUUUAGUUUUCUAGACUAGAUACAGGUUUAGUGUAAUAUAGAAGAACAAAUGCUAAUGGUUAAAUUUCUCAUUUGUAUUUUGUUUUCUUAAAUACUUUUUUCAUAAUCAUUUGUUUAAAGAUUUAAAAAUCAUUGCACUUUCGUCAGAAAAAUAAUAAAUACAUCUUAUAAAUGUU